UCUGCUGCAGUUUGACUUCGAAGAUGGCGUCGAGUCUCUCCGAGGAGGAUUUCUCCUGCCCUGUGUGCUUCGACGUCUUCAAGAAUCCCGUCAUGCUAACAUGCAGUCACAGCUUCUGUGAAGCCUGCGUGAGCCGGUGCUGGGAGGCCAGCGGAUCCAGAGACUGUCCAGCCUGCCGAACACCAUCUCAUGACCCCCCUCGACCUAACCUGGUUUUGAAGAACAUAUGCGAGACAUUUUUACAGCAGAGGAAAGCUUUAGCAGAGACUUGUCAAUUACACGAUAAGAAACUGGAGUUCUUCUGUUGGGAUGAUGAACAACCAAUUUGCGUGGUGUGUCGAGAUUCGGAGACACAUUCAAACCACAGAAUUUGUCCCAUAGAGACGUUAUCCUGUAAACGAAAAUCGACACUAGAGGCUAAACUGCAGCCUUUGCGGAAGCAGCUGAAGGCCUUUCAGGAGGCCAAACUCAUUUAUGAGCAAACAGCGAAGCACAUAGAGUCUCAGGCUGAAGAUGUUGAGGAGGGUAUUGAGGGGGUGCUGAACGACUUCUUGGGCUUUCUGAAGCAUACCAAGAUGGACAAGAUGCAUGCACUCAAGAUGGAGAAGAGGUUGAAGAUUCAAAUGGUUAAAGAGAAGAAGGAGAAAGCAGACAGAGAGAUCUCAUCCCUCACUUCCACGAUAGAGUCCACAGAGGAGGCCAUGGGGGCUGACGUCACCACAUUCCUUCGGGACUAUGAAGAGACAGAGGGAAGAAUUCAGUGCACACUGCAGGUUCCAGAGUGUGUUUCAGGAGCUCUGAUUGAUGUCCCAAAGCACCUGGGCAACCUAAGGUUUAGCGUUUGGGAGGAGAUGGAUUCUUUGGUUUUUUAUUUUCCAAUCGUCCUGAAUCCAAACACUGCCAGCAAACCUGCCAUCGUGUGUCCGGAUCUGAUACAACUGGGUGCUCCUGACCCCAUCACCGCUGCUGCUGCCGACGGCAACGACCCCGCCAGCUUCCCAGACCACCCCGGGAGGUUUGAUUUCAGGCACAGCGUCCUGGGCUCCGAGGGGUUCGACUCGGGGACUCACUGCUGGGAGGUGGAGGUCGGGGACAGCACGGAGUGGUGCGUGGGCGUGAUGGCCGAGUCUGCCCAGAGGAAGGGAGACUUCACCUCCAGGAGCGGCGUCUGGUAUCUGGCUUGCCGGGGGGAGGAGAGGUACGAGGCCUGCUGUCCUCCCGACAGGCCGGUAGCCCUCGCAGUGGAGAGGCUGCGGAGGGUCAGAGUGCAGCUGGACUGGGAGAGAGGAGAGCUGCUGUUCUCUAACCCCUGUGACCCAGACACACACCUGCACACGUUCACACACACUUUCACUGAGAGAGUGUUUCCAGUGUGCUCAGCUGAUAAGUCUCUCUCAAUAAUGCCAGGGGAUGUUUCUGUAAAACGACACGCUAUCAUGUCUAGAUAAGUACAGGAAGCACACACACACACACACAC